CUCCUUGCAGCAACGUCCCGCACAGUUGGGACACGAGCAGCUGAUUUCGGAGUGAGGAGGAUGCCACUCCGGACCAAAAUGUCAGCUCGUUGGUGAUUUGGAAGGAAUUACGGAGGUCACCGGCAAGAUGGAGGCGUGUGGGGCCUCAGAGGAAGGUGUGGAGGGUGAGUGCUCGUCCUCAAGCCAGACGCCCGAGGCUGAAGCACUUCCGCCGCUCGUCUGGCAGCACCUGGGGCACCCUGAGUUGCAAUCUAGAGUAAAGGAAUUGGAAGAAAGGGAGCGUAAACUUGUAGAGAAGCACGCACGUCUUGAGGAGGACUUUGGUUAUCGCCGGGCCAAGCUAAAGGAACUCUACCUCCAGAAGGAAGAGGAGUUGAGGGUGCAGAGCGAACAGAACAAUGCAGUAGAGACAGAAGUAGAGUUGUUGCGUGCUCAAGUGAGACAGCUGCAGGCAGAUCUGGAGGAGGCUCACAGUGCUGUAACAAUUGCUCAGUGCACUGCUGAGAAUGACAUUGCUGUAGAGCAGCGCAAGUGUCAGGAGGAGAUUGCCACUGUUCAGCAGCUUAUGAAGGAGGAGGUGGCAAAUGCUGUUGGGCAGACAGGUGGCCGUUAUGAAGGGGAGAUCAAAAGGUUAAAAAAACUUUCGGAGAGGUUAGAAACGGAGAAGCAGCACUACCGACGCUUAUACGAAAGACAAUUGGAGGAAUCAGAUAUACGAACAAAAGGCGAGAGUUUGCUGAGCCCGGGAGUUUUGUCGGCCGUUACAAAGUCUCUAGCGAAGAGAGUUCCAAGUCUGAGCCCAUCAGCGUUAAGUACACCAGAAAAGACCACUUCUAGCUCUGCUGUAGGAACUCCCUCCUCAUUAGGCACAGGGGUUGAUGCUGAGAACUUGGAAGACAGUAUGAAGAGGGCCCAGGAAGAUGCAGAUCUGUUGCGAUCAUUGGUGGAACCACUGGAGGAGGAAAUCCAAGCUCUUAAAGAGAAGAUCCGUGCUCAAGAUGCCCAGUUAAGAGCUCAUGAGGCCCAACAGGCAGCUUCUCUUCAUACUGCUGACCUCGUGGCUCCACUCCUGAAGGGCACUGAUGCGGCGCAGGUGGUGAAGCAGCUAGAUGAGAAGCUGAAGGGUGUGAGCAGUACUCUGGAAGCGGAGAAAUCAUCCCGGGCAGAUUUAGAACUGUAUACAGCCAUUCUCAACACGCAAAAAACUGCUCUCACUGAUGAAGUUGACAGAUUACGUACACAGCUUACAGAACUCAGACAAGUGUACGAGACGGAGCGACGCCAACAUAGAGAUCUGAAGCACACUUGGCAACGAGCCAACGACCAGUUUCUAGAGACACAGAGACUCCACCUUGCUGACAUGAGGCGAAUGCAAUCUCUCUUGACUCUUGAUCAGCAGCGGAGAUUAGAAGAAUUACAGCGGAGUGAAGAAUCGAUGGCCAGAGCUCCGUCCAUCUCUCUCUCAGAUUCUCGGACAGAGGUUAGACAGGAAGCCAAGCCAGCUUCCCCCCACUUGUCUUCUCUUUCCCCAGCUUCCAGAAAGAGAGGCCAAUCUCCAUCUCCAGAAAAUGAGAUUGAUGAUGAUCGUUCUUCAUCGUUGCUUGACCUGGACGAAGAAGCUGGUGCUUCUCUGCCUGCCACUUCACACCAUACACAUGGGAGUGAGCAGAGUGAUGAUCAGAGCAGCGAGGCAGAGACGCACAGCCUCCCUCCCGACAGCCUUGCCCCAGACAGUCUUGGACCUGACAGUCUUGCUCCAGACAAUUUAUUGGCAGAGCGGUUUAGUCCAGACAAGAUGCCCCAGUUGACACACGAUCAGCAGAAAGCUCUUGCAGAUAUGACUCCAGAUUCUGAAGGCAUAACCCAGAGCGAGUCACUAAUGUCUCCGGGCGAAGACGACUACAUGGCUAUUGAAUUUACACCAAGCUAUAAUGCCAUGCACAGUGGGACAUUAGGGGUGGCAGGUGGGAGAAGAGUUGUCAGUGAGGCAGAGUGGAACCUCCUGAAUGAUGAGAUUCGUCGUGCCAGGAGUCGCAUGGGUCGCUCUUGCCAGCUGUGUGCCACCUAUCAGACACAAAUGCAGAAGGCUCAGAGUGAGCAUCGGGAGACAGAAAAGCAGCGUUUAGAGCUGGAUAAAGCACUUGCACGAUAUAAGGAUGAUUUAGACAGAGAGGCACGUUAUCGACACGUCAUGGAGGAAAAAUGGCGAGUCAUGGCAGAAGAAUAUGAGAAGAAGGUGGCAGGUGUAGCCACCAUAAUAGAUGCAGCUACUGGGAAACAUAACGAAGUUGUGGCAAGAUUCCGAGCCACGGUGACAAACCUACACGAUCAGUUGAAAGUGCUGACGGAACGAAGAGAAGCGGUUCAACACGAACUUACCAGACUACAGAAGGAAAAUGAUGAUUUAGUUGGCAAACAUAGUCAGCAUUCUCAACAGCUGCAGAAUGAAAUAAUUAACCUUCCUGACAAUAUGGAGGAGAUGCAGCUUCUCUUGCUGAGGUACCGGGAAGAUAUCAUCGCUGCCAAGGUCUCGAAGGAAUAUCUAGAGGAGACUCUAAAAUCUGAAAUUUUGUUCCUUAAAGAUCAAGUUUUAGCUGAGCAACAUGAAAAAAACACCAUUGAAGAUCGUUUGUCAUCAGAAAUAGACCAAUUAAGAGAGAAAGUUGGGUUACUGGAGAGUUUAGAAAGUCAAAUGAAUAUGGAGCGGAGAAGCAGAGUUGAGAGUGAUGCUCAAUUGAAAGAGAUGGAGAGCAGACAAUCUGAGGCCCAACUCAAGAAUCAGCAGAUUAUAUCUGCCCUCAAAACACAAGUGGCAGAGCAGACACAGGCCAGGGCUCGAUUGGAGGCAGAAGUAGUAGAGCUCCGUGGCAGGGUGUCAACACUACAGCACGACCUGGAUACGUCUGAGGCAGUACAGCGGGAUUUUGUGAGGUUAUCACAAUCCUUGCAGGUUCAGCUCGAGAAGAUAAGACAACAAGAGAAAGAGGUACGAUGGCAGCACGAAGAGGACCAGGAAGAGUGCAAUAGUUGUAAACAGAGAUUUUCUGCUGUUGGGCGGAGAAAGCAUCAUUGCCGUCACUGUGGGAAAAUCUUCUGCAAUGAGUGUGUAAGCAAAACUGUUCAGAGCGGACCUCAUAACCGUACAUCUAGAGUGUGCGAUGUCUGCCACACACUUCUGGUGCAAGAUGCCACUCCAUACUUCAGUUCUGAGCCACCACAUUCUCCCGACUGACCUGACAGACCCUCGGUUGCUUCUCCACACUGAUCAGAUACAGUAGACCGAUGUCGCUCGUACCACUGACUUCCCUGUGCUAUAUAUACCUGCCAAUCCACAUUAUCAUAAUGCCAGACCACACACUACUAUCCUCUUCGUUUGACAACUGUAAUUGUUGAAUAUCAAUGUGCCAUAUAGGUGAGGUGUAAGAUUCUUAAUUUGUCAACUUCUGCUUCUGAACUCUUAUACAUUUCGGAUAUAUCUUUUUAAAUUUGGAUUUUUCUAAUUUAUGCUUUUAAUAAUUUGUGUAAUGAAUAAGUGCACUGAUGUAAGUCUGCACUAUUAUUUGACCUCAACCUAAUAAUUAUAAAAGCAUGUGUUUGUACAACAUGUUUUACAUUGGCAUUUGGAUUAAGUAAACCUUAAUUACUUUGCAUAGGGUCCUUGUCAUUAAAUCUAGAUGGAAGUUUACUGGAUUAACAAUGCUUAAGAUGUCUGCUCUGUUUGCAGAUGUUGGCUUGAGUCUCUCCAUCUGUAUACAUUAUAUAACUUAGUCUAAACUUAAGCCAUCCACGUGAGAACUUUUUCUGCGUACCUAGUCUCCUCUCUGCCUUAUAAAAUAUUAAUGCCUUUUUACUAAACAUUCCCUUAAAACAAGAGUGGGAAACUUCGAGCAAAGGUUACCCCUCAUAAAUUAUGCAAGCAUCUUAGGAUGAACCUCAUUUAUUUCAUCUAAUUUGGACUAGUGGUCAUUCCAGUGAAGAUUGGCUGCCAGAACUUCACUUCAGAAUGUACAUGGACUAGACCAUUGUAUAAAAUUCAGCAAACUGAUCAGAAAACAUCGCUCUGUGUGCCUAUCAUGUUGAUAGAUGAAUGGUGAUCUUCAGAAGAUAACACAGUUUCAUGCCAGGUUGUCUCCCUGCGUGAUGGUGCGAUCAAAGUGUACAAAGUGUAUAUUUUCCCAGUGUAGCGUUUUGGGGAGUGCAAUGGUUGUCUUAUUGUAAUAGUUUCCCCAUAAUAAUGACGACAUUCUAAUGGCAAGUCUCAUUGUAUAUUUUAUGCUAAAUAUUUACAUUUAUAAUGUGGAAAGUUUUAUGUGGCUAUUAACGGCUUCAGUUUACCAAAUUGCAUAUUAUCGGUUCGUGAUGUCUUGUAUAGUUUCAGGAAGAUUAUGAACAAAUAAUGUGACGUUUGACAUCUCUGGUAAUUAAAGAAAAUGUGUUGUGUAUGAAAGAUUUAUUGUAUUCAGUGUGCAAGGCUGUUGAUGACAGAUCUCUUUAUGGAAGCAUACGUUUUCUCCAAUUUACUUAUAUAUUCCCAAUUUCUUGCAGCUGUUGGUGCUGUAGAUGAAAUCAGAUACCAAAUCAAUUUAUUUAAUGUUUUUUUGACAUAUUGGUAACCUAUUUUUGAGAAUCUACUUAAGUUUUGCAAAUGUGAUGCAUAUACAAAAUAUUUUUGACUAUAUAUAUUUAGCACACACAUUGACAGUCAAUUUAUCCCCUUCUAUAUUUUACCCCAAUGGUAACUAAUGUCAAUAACAAAGCAUUAUAAAAAAGAAAAUAAGGGGAUGAUAGGAUGCAAGUUUUAAGACGGGAGAGGGAUCUCUUGGUCUGUACAUUGUGAAUGAUCAUUGGGCACAAAUUGAAAAUGAACUCUGUACAAGGUGAACAGAAGGUUCACGAAUAUGCUAGUUUAGGAGGACAGUCUGAUAACACAUUGAUUUUAAGAGGCAUUAAGUUUCUUGUAAAAUGAGUAGGGGAAAGGUCAAGCUGACCUUUCAGAGAAUGGCAAUACAGUAAUCCAAAUAAAGUGCAUAUAACAAAUGAUAUUGAUAUUAUAUUAUAGACUUAAUAGAUAGUUUCCUGGAAAAAUUUAUCAUUCCAUUGUACAUACAACAGUGGAUUUUUAUAAAUUUUGAUUAAAACCUUUUAAUUGUUUUUUUAUGAAUUUGAAAAGUUUAAGUGAUGAAGAUAAUUUUAAUAAAAGAUUUUAAAUUUUGCCGCAGUAUUAUCAUUUAUAAAUAGGAUUUAUAAUUGUUAUAUAAUUGUUUGUUGAAAACGUGUGUGUAAAGAUUAAUAUGUUCAGUAAUAAAUACUGUCAAGAAUCCUCAAAAA